AUGACUACAACUCCGCCCCCUUCCGCUCCUGACAACCGAUCAGCAGGCUUUGCUUACCCAGCCCAGCAAGCUCCAGCUCUUGAGGGAAACCCGACCGUGUUUACCCAAUUUUCCCCAUCAGGAAAACAGAGGAGACCCUCUGUCAUAGUACACAAGAUCCAGCCUCGCCAGGUUUCCAAUCCUAAGUGUAUGCAAAGCGAUCUCGCCCAAAUGCGUGCAGCAUUUGCGAAGAACGCGCAAGUUGCUCCAGUCAACCAAGAAGCAGGCAAUUCGGUCAACCAAUCCGCUAUGCAGAAAACUCGAGGGCCCUUUGCUCAGGUGGACCAAACAGCUUCCCCGGCGAUAAAUGUCGCGGGUUGGGUCCCGAGAAUUCCAAGCGAAGCCAGCGAGGCCGGUUCCAAUGACGAGGAGGAUGCAACCGGAAGACCAAGCGGUCCCCAACUUUCCUCGAAGCUAGUGUCACAAAUCGAGAAAAUCCCAGCGGAGCUCUCUUUUUUGCUAGAACCAAAUAAUGAUUUGCAAAAGAGGUCAUGCACGAAGGAGCUCAUCCUGAAAGGUAUCAGGCACUUCAUACCUUCGUACAAGCCACCAGUCAAACAACCAAAGAAGGGUCUCUUGGUCAGAGCUUUCCAGCUCCAGAUUCUUCCACUCAUUGCCCCUUAUGUUCAGUGGAAGAUGGAGCAAUUCGAGCAAGCCGCGGCUGACGAAUCUGUCGAAAUGCAAGAAGAUCCAGCUCCGGUUGACUUGUCGGGGAUCAAUCCGAAUAACCCCAGUAUCACCACGGAUAUAAUUCUCACCAUCAUAGCCGAGAGACGACCCAGCACCAAACUCCCGGAAACCAUGAGCAAAUCGGCAGCCAUCAAUUUCUUUCACCAAUACAUCUCCCCAAGACCACCUCAUGGUUAUCCUCAGGCUUUCACCACAUGGCCGACAACUGUCCCCAUGCCAUAUCACCGCUUUCUUACUCGUGAUGAGCUUCGCUAUAUCAUCCAAUGUUAUGUCGGAAUCUUGUUCAUUCCUUGCGCUAUUGGUAAGGUCCACCUUCUAGCUAUCUAUGAGCAAUUUGUCCUAGAUGAAAUUUCUGAGGAGAACAUCUAUGAGGGGAUUCAUUAUUUUGUUCGUCAAGAUCCAAACCCUCCUCAACAGUAG